CUAUGCUCCAACAGCUGAUAGCACUUACCAUCUCUUUCUGGCUUAGUAAAUGCUUGAAAUUUCGAAAUGAACGACCCAAACAAAGCGAUUUCGGUAAAUUUAUCAUCUUUGCUCAGCCUGAAGGCAGAAUUACUGCGCAAGCAGCAUGAAGUGAAGCUGGCCAAGGCGGCCCAAGUGUCGGCCGGUGAACACAAGCCCCAAAAAGUCGUCAUCGAGAAAGAAAAGCCCAAAUCGAACAGCUACAAGGAAGUGAGCCGCAAUGAGGACGCCAAAGUCUAUGAGGAGGAGGAUCAUGCGCAGCUGGCGAAGUCACGGCGUGUGCUGGAAGCCAAGAGCAAGUACUACGAUCGUAUGAGUCGCAGUGGUGGCAACCUCAACUCGGACGACAACUGCCUCGUGAUGUUCAAUCGGAAGCGCCAGGAGGAAGACCUAGACGACGACGACGACGAGCCACAGACUUGUUCGCCUCCAGGGCGGGUGAGCAGCAGUUCAAGCAGCUCCAGCGAAGGUGAGGGCAACGACGACGAUGAAGUGGAGUACGUUGAUUGCUUGGGCCGCACGAGGAAGUGUCUCCGCAAGGUAUUGGCAGAGGAAAAGAAACGUGACAAGCAGCUGGCCCACAGCAUGCCGGAGCGCAUUGAUACAACCAAGGCCAACUGGAUGAUAGACACCAAGGGCGAUGUGGAGGAGGAUCAGGAGUCGAUUAAUGUGAAACCACGUCCCCCCGGCAGCAUAUUUAGCGAUGACCAGUCCACAGCGACCCACCACACUGAGCAGCUGCUGAAUUGGGAGCGCAAAGAGCAGGAGAAUGCCGAGAAGCCAGACGUGCACUACCAAGAUGUCUUCUUCGAUGAGGCACGCACCCAUGGUGUGGGCUACUACGCGUUCUCCACAGACGAGGAAGAGCGCGCCAAGCAGCAAAGGGAGCUGGAGGAGGCCCGCAAGGCCACAACAGAGGAGCAGAUUCGUCGCGACGAGUUGAGAGCCAAGCGGGACAGCAUGGUGGCUGGUCGAGUGCUGGCUGCUAAGAACCGCAUACGGGCACGCAGUGGUCUGCCGCCCAUCAGCAAGGAGGACUACGAGCGGGAGCUGCAGCAAAAGAAAGACGAAUCAGCGGCCGAGGCGGUGGAACGGGAGCGCAAAGAACGCGAAAAGAAAGAGGCGCUUGAAAAAGCGCGAGAAGCCGAAGAGGCAGAACGUGCAGAGCUGCGAAAGGAUUAUGUUCGUGAUUGGGACAAGGAGAAGCUGGCGGAAGAGUCGGAUGAAGAGUGGGAAUACAAAGCCGAACGUCUGCCCAUGUCGCAGGCGGAGUGGAACGACAAACAGCGCUCCGAACGUAGGGAGGAGUUUGCUCCCCUGCCAGAGCCGCUGAAACGCAGCAACUUCAGUAGCAUUCCAGAGCCACCGCCACUGUGGGAUAUUCCAGAACAGGAAUUUAGUAAUUUCAAUUCCAGCAAGAAACAAUUCCAGCGACGUAACUACACCAAUCCCAGCGAUGACAUUGAUGAUGAUGCACCGUCUACCUCUUCGGGCAGUCGAGGCGCUGCCAUACCGCCACCUCCGGGUCUCAAUGACAUGGGGCCACCUGCCGCAAAGGUGUCCAGAUCCCAGAACGAGCUGGAACGUUCCAUCGAAGCUGGCCUGAAGUUUCUACGCAAUUGCUGUGACAAGGAGGCGAUCACCAAUAAGGCCAGCUGGACAGCCAAGGCGGAUUAUUAAUUUUGGUUUAUAAUUUAUUGCUUUGUGUAAAGAAUACGUUAGAAAAACACACACAAUAUGCGAACUCGGACAAGUUUGUCUAUUGUCGUCCGGGGGGUACUUUGAGCUAAGGUCCAACAAAUGUAAGUUAAUUAUACAAUAUAAUGGCAACAGCUAGAACAAA